ACAAGAGCUGCGUGUCAUUCAACUCACAGCCAACCUGCUGCCAUAAAAAAGUAAAAAAAUAUUGUAUAUACUUUUACAACGCGCAAAUCUGUCUAUGUUUGACCUUUAACAACUAAUGUAAGUUUAUUUUUCCUUUAAACACUCCUAACUUGCUAGAAGAACAAAACAGCUGGAGGGUUUUAGUGCAGCUUUACGGAAGCCGGUGUUACUUUGUUAAACAUGGCUGACGACUUUGGCUUUUCGGCUUCCGACAACGGAGUUCAUGCAGAAGAAGAUCCGGCCGCGGCGUUUCUGGCCCAGCAGGAAAAUGAGAUCGCCGUGAUCGAGAACGACAGCGCCGGAUUCGGCGCGCUGGAGGACGGCGAACCUCCGCCCGCGAACACGUACACGUCGUUCGGAGGUGAUUUUGGAGAAGCACCAGCUACUGCUGUAAACAGAGAUAUGUUUCAAGACACCAACGGCACAACAGACAGCUACUCAGCCAUUGCCCAAGUCGACAUACAGAGACAAGAACCUGAAAGCCUUCGCAAAUGGAGGGAGGAACAAAAGGCUCGGCUGGAGGAAUUAGAUGCAGCUUCUAAAGCAGCUGAGGCUGUGUGGAGGGAAAAGGCCCGGAAGGAACUAGAGGACUGGCAUGUACACCAGAGUGAACAGAUGGAGAAGAAUAAAGCCAACAACAGGAUCGCUGAUAAGACUUUCUACAAACAGCCCAACUCUGAUGCCAUUGACUUUGUAGUGUCAGAGGAGGUCUUCCUCAAGGAGUGCGUUGAUGACAGUCCUGGAACAGAAUGGGACAAAGUGGCCCGACUAUGCGACUUUAACCCCAAAACCAGCCGUCAGACUAAAGACGUGUCUCGGAUGCGCUCCGUUCUUAUUUCUCUAAAACAGAUGCCUCUGCUUCGCUAACAUAACUCCCUCUUGUAUUUCCUAGGCUUUCUUUCUUGUUCCCUCUUGCACUUUAUUUUAGUGAGGUUGAACACUCUAACAAAUUCAAGCUUUUAUGGUUUUAAAAAGGGUCAUUGAAUGUGUAUGCUUUACUGUAUUUAAACUUCCUAUUUAUGUACCCUGGUGUUUUGCAAUGUCAGAAGACUUUGGCUGUUCCAUAUGUUGAAGAACAUUGUAAGUGUACCUCGAUCAUUUGAAAACAAGUCCAGUUUUUCCCUUAAUCCCAAUAUACAUGAAAGGCAGCAGAUGUAUCCAAAUGCCAAAAGUAUUUUGGUUAGCUUAUGAGUUAUUUUUGUGAUUGUCGUGUUUUUUGCAGUGCCCACAAACCAUUAGACAGCAUAACUUCACUGGAACCAGUAAGUGUCUUUAUUGCCUUGUUACACAGGAAAUGGAAGUGUUUGGUUGCAGUCUACACAGGGACAGUUUAGUUACAAUCUCUCACCCUAUAUAGUAUUUUUUUUUUUUACCAUUUAUUUGUCGUCCUAAGUUGAAUGUUGUGUUGUAAUCAGUAUCUGGGUUUGGCAUUAUCUGGUUUUAUUUCUGUUCACUGUCAAGAGGGAAGUUACAUUUCUGAGCUUGCUAAGGUUCUUGUUUAAUUCUAAUUCACACAUUACCACUUUUCAAUAUUCAAAUAGUUGAGUGCCGUUUUUAAUUCAAUGUGCAUGUUGCCCAUAAAAGCUUCUGUUAUACUUAAAAUAAAUCUUUUACAGGAGAAUUACUCAGAUUUAACCUGCUAAUAUACCACUGCACAGAAAUCCUUCAUGGCACAUUAAGCACAUGCCUGUGCUUACAUGGCGGUUAAUGUGUUCUGUUAUGUUACUAUAUACAUAAGGGACUAAUAGUAAUAAGUUUGAACCAUGUGCUUUUCUAGUGUGGAGUUUGUUAAUUGUGGCCUCAGUCUACAGCAAUGAAUCCUGUGCCUAAACCUUGUCUCACUGUGACGCUUACUGUCUAUCUGUAGCAGGGGUGGCGAACUCCAGUCCUGGAGAGCCGCAACCCUGCAGAGUUCAGCU